AUGGAUUUCAGCUAUCUUAAACCUCCGAAAUAAGCAAUGCAAAUAAAACACGCUGAUGAAUACAUUAAGUAUUAAGUGGAUGGCAAAUUAAAACGAAAUGUGUUUUAUAAUGUUGAAUUUGAAGAGUUUGAAGAAGAAAUGAUUAAAAAAUUAGAGGACCUAAUCAGGAAAAGAAAGGUUUAGUUACCAGAAUAAUGGGAUAAAUAAACUGCAUUAAAAUUCUGUUAUUCUGGUAAUUUUGACAUUGAGAUGACUUUUUAAACACUCAUAAAUUAUUUGAAAUGGAAGGAGAAUCCCGAAUAUCAAAUAUUGACUUCGGCAGGAGAAGAUAUUUUAGUAAUUGUAUUUAUUGCAUUUAAGAAAAAAGGAGUUAUCUUUAGUUUGGGAAGAGACAAGCAAUACAGACCAUUAAUUUUUAUUUAGGUUUCAAAAAUAAGCACAAAUAUUGAAUAAUUACCACCAAUACUCAAUGCUAUGUGUGUACUCUUAAAUUACAUAUAAAAAUUUAUGUUAGUACCCUAUUAUGUAGAAAAAUGGAGAAUUAUUGUGGAUUUAAAUGAUAUCAGUUUAUUCAGACUACCUCAUCAAAUAAUUAAAUAAAUUAUUGAUGUAACCUAAUCUAACUACACUGCUUCCUUGGAAUAAUUGCAUCUACUGAAUCCACCUUUCUUUUUAGUAGCAGCUUGGAAGUUAGUAGAAAAGUUGAUGCAUCCAGAAACUGCAAAAAAGAUAUAAUUCUGCAAAGACCCAAGUUAUCUUUAAGAAUAUAUUAAUGAAGACUAAUUAAUGUUAAGAUACAAAGGAACUUUGCCAAACAUAGCUUGCUUAUGGCCAAUAAUAAAUACUUAUAGGGGAAUGGGAGAAAGCAAUCAUAGGAAUAUGAUGGAGAGUGGUGUUAAACAAAUGGGAGAAAGUGUUUAGAAGAACCAUAUGGUAGAAAGUGCCUAUUUGAGCAUGUUUGAAUCUUAAUACUAUACGAUAUUAACUUAGAAAGAAAUUGAAUUAAGCAAGCCAUAAGUAAAAGGAUAGUGUUGUGCCUGCAACAUUAUGUGA